AUGGCUCCAAACGCCCCCAUUGAGGCUUUGGUUACCGUCAAGCAAACCCCUGAGUUGGGUCCAGACACUUAUGUGAACGUGAAUCCGAUGACUUCCCAGCAAGGAGUGCGGUCGGUUUUUGGCGGUGCCGUUGUCGGUCUGUCUGUGGCUGCUGCCUUCAUGACACUGCCGCCGGAAUUCAGCGUACAUUCGCUACAGUCCACGUUCAUACGUGCCGUGAAACCCAUGGAGGUCGUUCAUUUUCACGUCGAACGCACGAGCGAUGGGCGCUCGUUUGCUUCGCGAGUGGUACACGCGACCCAAGGUGCUGGUGACGCGUGUGUACACAUCUCUACAGUCUGCUUCCAGAGAAACGAUUUACCGGUCGGAAACGUGUUGGAUUACGCAGUCGCGAUGCCCGAUGUGAACAGCUGCCUCCCGGACGACAUUCCCAGGGAGAAGUUGCAGGAAGCAAUGACGGCCUCCAUCACCCGCGAUGUCCCCCUACUGCAGUUGAGAGCAGAUGAAGAGCCAUUUGAUUGGCGACCCUUCGACAACACAUUCACAGACCAACCAACCCAUUAUCGCCAACGCUCUUUCGUUCGCUCGCCGACCCCAUUGCCAGAUAACAUGGCCUUGCACCAGAAUGCGCUGGCUUAUCUAUCAGACACCUACAUGCUAGGGGCCGCCUUGAAUGCCAGUCCCUCAAUGGUAGGUCGCAAAUUACAGAACGUUGCCAUGGCUACAAGCCUCAACCACACUCUCUGGCUUCACGAACCGACGGCCAAGGUGGAUGAGUGGAUGCUAGGCGAGCGCGUGACAUCUUGGGGCUCAAACGGAAGAGUCCUUAUCCAUCAGCGGUUUUGGAACGUGCGGAGCGGCCGGCUCGUCAUGUCUGGAACUCAGGAGGGUCUCAUUCGGCUGAAAAAUGCCAAGCUCUAA